AUGGUCUCUUUCUCCUCUCUCCUGGUGGCUCUUACCACUGCUGUUGGAGUCUUUGCUCUCCCUGGAGAUUUGAUCAAGCGUCAGUCUACACCAAGCUCAACCGGAACGCACAAUGGAUACUACUACUCUUGGUGGACUGAUGGUGGCUCGCAAGUGACGUACACCAAUGGGGCCGGAGGUUCGUACUCUGUUGUCUGGCAAACUGGAGGAAACUUCGUCGGUGGAAAGGGAUGGAACCCAGGCAGUGCGAGGACCAUUACCUACUCAGGAACCUACAGCCCCAACGGCAACAGUUACCUCGCCGUCUAUGGCUGGACAAGAAACCCCUUGAUUGAGUACUACAUCGUCGAGAACUUUGGAACUUACAACCCCUCCUCCGGUGCUACAAGAAAGGGCUCCGUCACCAGCGACGGCGGAACCUACGACAUCUACGUUAGCACUCGAACCAACGCUCCGUCCAUCGAGGGCACCAAGACCUUUCAGCAGUACUGGUCCGUCCGUCAGAGCAAGCGAACCGGCGGCACUGUCAAUACCGGAACUCACUUCAACGCCUGGGCUGCUGUCGGAUUGAAUCUCGGUACCCAUGACUACCAAAUUGUCGCAACGGAGGGAUAUUUCAGCAGCGGCUCUGCGUCAAUCACUGUUGGCUCUGAUGGCGGCAGCACCAGCCCUCCUCCCACCAGCAACCCUCCACCUAGUGGCGGUGGCGGAAGCUGCGCUGCCAAAUGGAGUCAGUGUGGCGGGUCUGGUUGGACCGGGGCCACCUGCUGCGAGUCGGGAUCGACAUGCACCGCUUCGAACCAGUGGUACUCGCAGUGUCUCUGA